AUGUUGAGGGGAAAUACCCUCUGUUUUCGGUGGGGUUGGCUGGGCCUGUUUCCUUUUGUUACAUGGAAUAAUGUAUCCGAGAUUGGAGGCAUGGGCGUGGGUCGGGGGGGUUAUGGGGGGUUAUGGGAGGAAGAGAGGAACAUAAAGUCUGGCUUGUAUAUAUACGCACAUACGACAUCACAUGGGAUGAAAGAAUUUACUCCGGCUGGCUGGAAGCAUUUUAAUCGAAGCCACGUUGGUUUGCACUGCACUGCGUUGAGUUGA